AUUAGCAGUGCAAUAAGGAUGCUAUGGAACAUACAAUCUUUUAUUUUAUAUACUGGUGAUCUAUGGAUAAUAAUGUAAACAACAGGGAUGUUAGUUUAAAUUGAAAUCAUCUGUACCAAAAGAAAUGUUGGAAUUUAAAAAAGAUUAUACAAUCACCUUGCCUAUAUCAUAUGUCUUUAUGUGAUCCUCAGGGAGCAGAGAUUGGUCCAAGAUGUUUAAAAAAGAAAGCCACACAGAGGAGUUUUCACUGAUGAUGUCACAGGUUCUUUCAGACAUAGGAGUAAAUGAAAGAAUCGUGUUAAAGAGAAGGCAAGCAUGGUUACUGAAUGAGUGUAUGGAUACAAAGUCAAGACAACUGUUUGGAAAUAAUACAUAUGUUUACUUCCUGGGCAGCCAGUCUGAGGGAACAACAACUCGAGGGAUCAAUUCUGAUGUUGAUCAACUUAUCUGUAUGAAUGACUUUCACGUGAUUGAAGACUUGAAGGACUGGCAACCUGGUGUACACAACCUGUUAAUGAUACAGGAUGAAGAGGAAGAACAAGGUUACUGUAAGCUACAAUGUUUUGAAGAUAAUGCACCAGUGCCAUGCAGUAAUGUUCCUAAUGAACACUUUGUAAAAAUGGGUAAAACAGGCAAAGUAUUGAUGAAGAAUAACUUAUUGUAUAGAUUGGCAAAAAGCUUGCAUGGUCUUUCUGGCAACAGACAUGGUCCUGCGUAUUCAGUACAUAUGAAAGGAUUUCUUGAGAAGGAUGUUGUCCACGCUUUCCCCCUAAAAACAUGGCCUAGUCAGGCAAGACAGUGGCUGAACAAGGAAGGUCGAUGGCCAACACAUGACAUGAGGAAUUAUUGUAGCAGAACUAUUUGUUUUGUUGUUGGUGUUGGAAGGAAGGAUAGUGAGACUGAAGCACUAGAGUGGAGAAUAUCAACAUCUCUUGCAGAAAGGUGCUUAAUGUUCAAUCUCAAUAUCACACAGAUUAGAUGCUAUGUUUUGAUGAAGUUUAUACUGAACACCUUCAUCAAACCUCAAUUUGGAGACAUAAUUUCAAGCUACAUGUGUAAAACUAUCCUGUUUCAUUGUAUUGCAAAUACUGAAAAUGUGCACUCUGAUGUUUGGAAUGAAAGAAACUUACUGAUUUGUCUCACUAAAUGUUUAUUUGUACUGUACACUUGUAUUCAAAGUGAAAAAUGUCCACAUUUCAUUUCACCAGUAAACAAUUUAAUGAAAGGAAAAAUUUUGGCUGAAAUCAAACCUAACUUACUGAAGAAUUUAAAAUCUAUCAUCAAGAGUAAUGGAAAAGAAUUGCUAAAAAUAGAAUGUGAUGGUUUUGGUGUAAAGUUGCAGAUAAAGAUGAAGAUUCUUCCUAUGGAUUACAUACCAACAUUGAAUGAGAUCAUUUCAGGAUACUUAACAACAACAACUGCAAGAUUCAUUGAUGUCAGCACAUGGCCUUUCCUCAUAGCACAGAGAAACAGGUCGUGUAAAGAAAUCAUCCAAAUCUUGUCAAAGUACAUCUCAUCAUUAGUUAAUGACCACAAUCAAGCACUUGAAAAAAAAGCUUGUGGCCUUCUUGCAGCCAAGUUCUCUGAAUUUCUUGGAUCUGCUUUGGCAUCAUUAAGCAUUCAAGAACAAAGAGCUGUAUCACAGAAUGCACUAGGUUGGAUCUCAGCAAGUCUAAACACAGAUGUUGCAUCUAGUAAACUAAAGCUGGCAUCUGUGUUUUACUGUACAGGAGAUUAUAACAAUGCAGAAAGUAUUCUCUUAGGUACUGAGAAGGAUUAUGACUUAGAUUCUGUUCAGGGGAUCUGUUCUUGUUAUAGCUUUGUGUGUAAACCACCAAGAACCAAAUUUGAUGAUGUAUCAUUUAGACAUGGUGUAGAAGCUAUACAGACUAUCGUUGCAUUAUGUGUCAGAUUUUUUAAAAAUGAAAUAAACUGUGCUCCAAAUGAAAUAAAGUAUGAAAUGUUUAGAUCAACUAAAGAAGACAUGAGUAGCAGGCAAAAAGAAGACCACUGGAUGGAUUCUGCUGUGGUAGAUUCUCUCCCUUUCCUUUACUUCCUACAGUAUAAGACCUACAAAAAACUAGGAAAAGUUGAAGACAAACAAAGAGCACUUUCUAAUCUUGAAGACACCAUUAGGAAGGAGUCAAACCUUGGACAUCGAGAGACAGCGCUCAAUCUUCUAGGACAGUGUAAGGAGGAAGAAGAUCAGCCUACAGAGGCUUUACAUAACUAUAUAUUAUCCUUGAUUCAGAGACGGAGAAACAAUGCUGCUAGCAUCCAUAUAUGUAGAUUGUUAUCAAAAAUGAUAAAUAACACAUAACAGAUAUUGCUUGCCUUCGUCAGCCUGUGAUGUUUGUCUAGGAGAACUGAAGCACUCAUUUCUUACGAAACUUUAGUUCCUCAAUGAUAAGAGGUUGUUUAAUAAUGGAACAGUUUCCCCAAUAUUGCUUACACUUCAGAAUUAACAGCAGUAUACUCAAGUUAUACACAAACUUUACCUGGACAAUAACUCAGACAGGUAUCUGCCCAGAUAGAAACUUCAUUACACUACAAUAUAAUCAAAGUUUUUAAUUUGUUUGUGUAACUGAUACUCAGUAAGAAUCAAGUGACAGAAAAUGCCUGACCUAUGGCAAGCCAGGUUAUCAGUUGUGCACUAUUUUCAACAUUCAUUUUCAGUCAGUAUCAAAUCUUGAAAAGGAUUUUACCUGAUUUCUGCUACCAGAGAUUUUCCGUAAUAAACUGGAAAUACAAGUGAUCUCUUUGGUGGUUCUGGUUGUGGUGGGGGUGGCGGAGGUGGUUGCUGGUACACAGGCUUCUCUAUUUCACUGUAAACAUGAGCAACAAUCAAAUUAUUAAUGUAAGCUAACAAGCAAUAAAUUAUUGAUAUCUGCUAACAAGAAACUAAAAUACAUGUACUUAUAUUAUUGUGCUUUUCUUCAAAGUUACAGAAAAAUAUCAUUGCUUUCUUUAGCAGAACUGCAUUUGUAUUACUUUUCGUUACAUACAUGUAAGUUAUUUUCACAAAUAUAUCAAUAGUAUAACAUAAAUGGUUUGUUAUACUGGUAAUAUGUUUACAUUAAACAUCAUUAUGUUUUUCUUAUUAUAUCUCUAGAAAACAGAUAAUUGAUUUUUGUUGUUGUUGUUGUUGCUUUGUUUAAAAGGUAUUUUAGUACUGAAAGUGUAAAACCAUUUCUAAUGCAUGGAAAAUAAUGUAUAUCAGAUACAAUGUAUAAUUAAGCCGCGUCACGACAAAACCAACGUAAUGUGCAUCCACGCAGUCUGAUCAGGAUCCAUGCUGUUCACUAUCAGUUUCUCUACUUGUAAUAGGGUUUGUAAGCGAACAGCAUGAAUCCUGAUCAGACUGCGCGGAUGCGCAGGCUGGUCUGGAUCCAUGCUGGUCGCAAACGCAUCACCUUGGGUUUUGUCGUGACGCGGCUCAUAUUAUUUUCUACACAAGAUUCCAUUGUUCAAAACAAAAUAUGAUUGUUUGGAACAUAUACAUGUAUGUUUUGUUUGGCCAAAAUUGUAAUGGAUAUCAAAUAAUAUUUUUUCAUAAUUAUAUUAUUUACAAUAUUAUUAUUUCUGCUUAAGACUAUUAAAAUUGAAACUAAUAAAGAA